AUGAGCGCAGUACAAGUUUCCAGUGUUCCAGUGACGAGCCAUGAAUCUGGUAUCAAGCCAUUUUUUGACCAGAAGAUUCAGGAAACGGAGAUCAAGAUCAGAGAGAAGACAGCGAAUUUGCGGAGACUAGAGGCGCAGAGGAAUACACUUAACGACAAGGUGAGGUUCAUAAAAGAUGAAUUGAGGCUUCUACAGGAGAGUGGAUCGUAUGUGGGCGAGGUGGUGAAAGUUAUCAGUGAGAAGAAGGUGCUAGUGAAGGUGCAGCCGGAGGGGAAGUACAUUGUUGAUGUGGCGAAGGACAUCAACGUGAAGGACUUGAACGUAUCACAGCGUGUUUGUUUGAAGAGCGACUCGUACCAAUUGCAUAAAGUGUUAGAGAACAAGGUAGAUCCAUUGGUCUCACUCAUGAUGGUGGAGAAAGUGCCCGAUUCUACGUACGACAUGGUUGGUGGGUUGACGAAACAGAUUAAAGAGAUCAAGGAAGUGAUUGAGCUUCCAGUGAAGCAUCCGGAGCUCUUUGAGAGUCUUGGGAUUGCGCAGCCCAAGGGUGUUAUAUUGUACGGGCCCCCAGGUACCGGUAAGACGCUAUUGGCGAGGGCGGUGGCACAUCACACAGACUGUAAGUUCAUCAGGGUGAGUGGUGCGGAGUUGGUGCAGAAAUACAUUGGUGAAGGUUCGCGUAUGGUGCGUGAACUUUUCGUGAUGGCGCGUGAGCACGCGCCCUCCAUCAUCUUCAUGGACGAGAUCGAUUCCAUCGGCUCGAGCCGUGUGGAGGGCUCCGGGGGCGGUGACUCCGAAGUGCAAAGAACCAUGUUGGAAUUGUUGAACCAGUUGGACGGUUUCGAAACCUCGAAAAACAUCAAAAUCAUCAUGGCCACCAACAGACUAGACAUAUUGGACCCUGCAUUGCUCAGACCCGGAAGAAUCGACAGGAAGAUCGAGUUCCCACCGCCAACAGUCGCCGCAAGAACCGAAAUCCUCAGGAUCCACUCCAGAAAGAUGAACUUGACCCGCGGUAUCAACUUGCGCAAAGUCGCAGAAAAGAUGAACGGAUGCUCCGGAGCUGACGUCAAGGGUGUCUGCACAGAGGCUGGUAUGUACGCACUAAGGGAAAGAAGAAUUCACGUGACACAAGAGGACUUCGAGCUUGCUGUCGCAAAGGUCAUGAACAAGAACGACGAAACCGCUAUCUCCGUCGCAAAGUUGUUCAAGUAA